AUGUUACGACCUCCUCCUUCUGAGAUUCUUCAUGAAAUUUUUAAACAUUUUGAGAAUGAACCUGAUUAUUUACAUUCAUGUAUUUUAGUCAACCGCGCUUGGUGCGCGAAUGCUAUGCAAUUAUUAUGGAACAAACCUUUCCAUCUUUUACCUAACAAAAAUCUUGAUUCUUCUCAUCACCUCAUUUCAACUUAUUUAUCCUGUUUAAGUCCAGAUGAAAGACAUAGUCUUGAUUUGCUUGCUUUUCCGCCACCUUCCACCCUCUCUUCUUCUUUUUCUUUCAUCACAUCCAAAAGUUAUUCACCGGCAACUUUUAGUUAUCCCUCAUUCUUGAGACAUCUUGCUUAUUUUCCUUUAGCUGCUUCAGUCCAAGAAUG